AUGGAAUCCACAGACAAAGUAGUGGAAACAGUGAUGGUUGGAAAUUAUGUUGAGAUGGAGAGUGAAGGAAAGCCUAAUAAUAAUAAUGACAUCAAAUCCAAAUUCUCUAAUUUAUUUUGGCAUGGUGGCUCUGCUUAUGAUGCUUGGUUUAGCUGUGCUUCUAAUCAGGUAGCUCAAGUGUUAUUAACACUACCAUACUCAUUUUCUCAACUUGGAAUGCUCUCUGGCGUUUCAUUUCAACUCUUCUACGGUUUACUAGGCAGUUGGACUGCUUAUCUCAUUAGCAUUCUCUACAUUGAGUACAGAACCAGAAAAGAAAGAGAAAAGGUCGAUUUCCGCAACCACGUCAUUCAGUGGUUUGAAGUUCUUGAUGGAUUACUUGGAAAACAUUGGAGGAACGUUGGUUUGGCAUUUAAUUGUACUUUUCUUCUGUUUGGAUCUGUAAUUCAACUUAUAGCCUGUGCAAGUAAUAUAUAUUAUAUAAAUAAUAAUUUGGACAAAAGAACUUGGACUUAUAUAUUCGGAGCUUGUUGUGCAACAACUGUAUUCAUUCCAUCUUUUCACAACUACCGAAUCUGGUCUUUUCUUGGCUUAUUAAUGACCACUUACACUGCUUGGUAUCUUACUGUCGCAUCGCUCCUUCAUGGCCAGGUAGAGGGGGUGAAACAUUCAGGUCCAACAAAAAUGGUUCUAUAUUUCACAGGAGCAACAAACAUUCUCUACACAUUUGGGGGACAUGCUGUUACUGUAGAAAUAAUGCAUGCUAUGUGGAAACCCCAAAAGUUUAAGGCAAUUUACUUAUGGGCAACUCUUUAUGUGUUAACACUGACCCUUCCAUCAGCAGCAUCAGUGUAUUGGGCAUUUGGUGAUUUGUUACUUGAUCACUCUAAUGCAUUUUCUCUACUUCCUAAAUCACCCUUCAGAGACAUGGCUGUCAUCCUCAUGCUUAUUCAUCAGUUCAUAACAUUUGGUUUCGCUUGCACACCAUUGUAUUUUGUAUGGGAGAAGGCUAUUGGCAUGCACGAAUGCAAGAGCAUGUGUAAGAGGGCGGCAGCACGGUUGCCGGUGGUGAUUCCGAUAUGGUUUCUGGCCAUAGUUUUCCCAUUUUUCGGCCCUAUAAACUCCUCCGUUGGUUCACUCCUCGUUAGCUUCACCGUUUACAUUAUCCCGGCUCUUGCUUACAUGUUCACCUUUAAAUCCGCUGCAGCCCGAGAGAAUGCGGUAGAGCAACCACCAAAAUUUGUGGGACGUUGGGCUGGAUCGUUUACAAUUAAUAUAUUUGUGGUGGUUUGGGUACUUAUUGUUGGGUUUGGAUUUGGUGGUUGGGCCAGUAUGACCAAUUUCAUACAUCAAAUUGAUACAUUUGGUCUUUUCACCAAAUGUUACCAAUGCCCACCUCCACCGGGGUCCCCGCCACCAUUCCUCCCUCAUGUUGGUGCUCCACGCCCAUCUCCGGCCAACAUCACUCACCAUCACCACCUAUGA